AUGAAAGCUCUAUCAAAGCCGCUGUCGAGCCCAGGGAGGGCAGGGGGAGACAAGUUCCCUCCGCCAUUGAUGCGAUUCUUGAGGAGCAAUGCGGGCAGCCGAAGCAGCCGGGGAAGAUCGCGCUCCAGCCCAUUGUUUUAUCUCAGGAGCAGGAAUAAGAAUCGUGUCCCCAUUGAGACAACUCAGGAGCCCUCCUCCCCAAAAGUCACCUGCAUCGGACAAGUCAGGGUCCGCCGCGCCGCCAAAUCGAAGGGCAGGGCCGCCGCCGGGAAACGCCGCCGGUGGUGGUGGUGGGUGAAGAAACCCUUCUCCUGUGGGAAAGUCUGUUCGAGAUUCCGCCGGUCCAAGAGCGGGUUUGGGAGAUUUUUCUGCAGUUGGGGUUGGGUUUGGAAGUUUGGGGAUUCUAAGGAGGAUUCAUUUAGGGUUCAUUCGGACAAUAACAGAAAGAAGAUUGAUGAAGAUGAAGAUGAAGAUGAAGAUGAAGAUCCCCCUACUGGUAGUAAUAACAAUAAUUAUUACAACAAUAGCACGACGAGCAGAAGCAGCAAUGUCGUGAGUGAGAACGACUGCAAUCAGAAGGAUUCUUCUGAAACGCCUUGCUCUUGUCCGCCACAAAAUGCCCUAAUUUUGACAAGGUGCAGAUCUGCUCCCUACAGAUCUUCUUCAUUGGGAGGCAGAUUUUGGGGCUCUCCAUUGUCCGAAGAAUCGAAAGGGAACAACAGUGAAGAAAAACUCCAAGAAUUAGGGGUGCCAAUAAUCGAAAGCUGUAAGGGAUUGGGGAAUUCUUCUUCUGCUGAAAAAGAUGAAGAAGAAUUGAAGGUCAGCAGCAAUGGCGGAGAAGAAGAAGAAGAAGAAGAGGGGAAAAAUCCACCAUUGCCAUUAGUGCUCACAAGGUGUAAAUCGGAGCCUGCAAGAAUAGGGGAAAGGCUUGUUCCACAAUCAAAUAUCUCAAAUCUUCGUUCAUAG